AUAUUUCCAGAUCUCGCGUAACUUUGUUUAGUGUGUAUCCAGCCCUGUGUCCUGUCCUGCACAGCUGAAAUGUCACACUGCCGUCGCUAGGCCCAGCAGCUGAAAAGAAAGUGUGUGUGUGUGUUCAGGACUUUCCGGGGGCAGUUAAGAUAACUGGCCCGUCUGAAGAAGCAGCAAGCAGACGUAGUGUUAAAAGACGUCCCCACCUGUAACACACACACACCUGUUUGUGUCUCUAGGAGCUGUUGACCAGAGGUAGAGCUACAGGUACAGGCCAGUCCUUGAGCAGCAGUAGCCAUGUCCUCUCUGCUGCGCUGUGUCUCCUGCUGCGGCUCCACUGUCACCUUGCUCCAGCAAGGUGUUCGCCACCACACACCUGGCCGACGGGCCUUCAGGACCUUCCCACAGCUCUGGAACUGUGAGCCUGCUAAAGGUAGGACACACACAGAACACACACACAACUAGAACUCCUUAACAAACACAACAACUCCUUAACACUCUAUCUUGUUAUAAUUGUCUUAUCUGUAUUUUUGCCACAGUAGGCAGUCUAGGCCUGGCUGCUUGUAGUUUUAUAGCUUCCCCUCUCUGUCCUACUAAAGGCAUUAGGAAACUAAACAGCAGUUCAGUUAAGGACAUUUUCUCCCCUGGCUGGAGCAGUGGAAAAACACCCACAGAGCAGCGACGGUUGUGUUUGGAAUAGGGGUUGUUAGGGAAGUUGUUGAAAUAGGAAACAAUAGGACAGUGAAUCAACUCAGCUAACGUUUCAGUGGGAUGCUAACCUGACCGUGGCUAACUCCACUUUCUAGUGCUAACUUGCAAAGAGAACAUGUAAGAGAGGUCAGUUAAAGGUGAAAUGUGGAUUCCGCUGUUCUGUGGCGUUUCUACUUUUUAUAAACACUACCCUGUGUUGUCACUGACUGAGGUAGCGGUGCUGGUGUGUGUUGUGUGUUUGUGGGAGUUUUGUGUGUUACUGGGGGGUUUUGCGGAGCAGGGUUUGGGUCUGUGUCUGAGAGUGUGUGUGUGUGAGAGACAGAGCAGGCCUCGUCGUGGUGUGGGUACUGGCUCGCAGCCAACCAGCUGCUAAUAAUGUCUCUGUGCUGGGGAGGUCACCACACCGUGUAAGGACUGAUAUGUGAAACCUGACUCUCCACCGGCCUCUCAGGCCCAGCACACUUUCCGCUGCAGAACUACACUGUCUUGUAGUCUAACUUACACACACUACAGUAGUAGUCACUACAGCAUAGUACACUACAGCCUGCCUCACUCCCUGCCUCUUCUUCCACAGUCUCAUCUGCAGCCUCUUUUACCCUGAACCUGUCAGUCUCUCCCAGAUUCUCACCUAGUCUUGAUAAUGGCAAACAGCAAUGUUUUCUGAAAUCAGAAUUGGGUUACUCUUCAUGCUGUUAAUGGUAAUGCUAUACUCAUGUCUCCCACUCAUGUAUCUGUACAGGUGUGUGUGUGUGCGCACUGAUUCAGUGUGUGUAAAUCACGCCCAUUGUUUUUCCCCGUGGUGCGUUGUACCUUGUGUGGUUGUCCUCAAGUAUUUGUUAUAAUGAGCUUGUGUGUGUGUCCAUACAGGACGGCUGUAUAAGGACCUGGUGGUAGGAGUUCCUAAGGAGAUCUUUAAGAAUGAGCGUCGUGUGGCUGUGUCCCCUGCGGGGGUGGAGCUGCUCGUCAAACAGGGCUUCAACGUCCAGGUGGAGUCUGGAGCAGGAGACCAUGCUAAGUUCUCUGACCAAAUGUACAUAAACGCUGGAGCCUCCAUCACAGACACUAACGGGGCCUUCGGAUCCGACCUGGUCCUCAAGGUCAGUACUGGGCUAUGGAACUCAAACUAAACUCAAACUCAGUGUGGUCAAUACUGGGCUGGGAGUAUAUUUAAACCCAGGGCCGCAGAGUUACAUCUUUGAGAGGAUCGGCCUGAGCAAAGCUUUGUGCAGAAUCAUAGAUCUACAGAUCAUCUUGCAUUCCAUUAACUACUCAUCAUGAGAUCCAGAUAAGUUAUACCACACAGCUCCUAGCUCAGGCAGAUCCCCUCAAACCUUCUGUUAGACAACAAAAUGUGUUAUGAUCUAUUGAGGGCCAGAUCCUAACUUCAGAUAGACACAUGUUGAAAUUGAACUUUAUUGUAAACCAUACGUCACACUUAUAGUAUGUCAAUGGGAGUUUUGCACAACAAAUUGAGUGAGGAAUGACUUUUGCCCUGCCAAUGUGUUAGGUGUAGUAUUGCACUGGUGAAACCAGGUAAAGUCUUGCUGGUAGUUUGAGCUAGUAGAGGAAACAGAGCAAAAUAUAGCAUUUCUAUUUCUUAGACAUUGUUGGCCAUCCUACAGCCCUCGGUAACCUCUGACCCAUCUUCUCUCUUGACCUUUCUCUUCAGGUGAGAGCUCCAGUGUUGAACGAGGCUACUGGGAAGCAUGAGUCAGAGAUGCUGAAGCCUAAGUCCACCCUGGUGAGUUUCAUCUACCCAGCCCAGAACCCUGAGCUCAUGGAGAAGCUGGCCCAGAGUCAGACCACCGUGCUGGCCAUGGAUCAAGUCCCCCGCGUCACCAUCGCACAGGGCUACGAUGCACUCAGCUCCAUGGCUAACAUUGCAGGGUAAGGGGAGACAUGCACAGAGACAUGGAUGCAGGCACGCAGACAUGCAAGACACCCACGCAUGCACAAAUGCAUACAUACAUACAUACACACACACACACACACAGUAACGUAUAUGUCUUAGCUUGUUGAACGUGUUCAUAGAACUGUGUGUGUGUCCUGCAGGUACAAGGCAGUUGUUCUGGCUGCUAACCACUUUGGCAGAUUCUUCACUGGUCAGAUCACAGCAGCAGGGAAAGUCCCCCCAGCCAAGGUAAGUCCUUCUAUAGCAAUUAUAUCAACUAGAUCAAUGUGAAUGUACCUGUCAAAACUGAACAACUGUGACAUCUCAGAGCAUUAACUAUAUUAUAGCAUUUUGACUAACCUGUCAAAACUGAACAUCUGGACUGCACUGCAGAGUCCGUGUGAUCAAUAUAACGUCGCUGUAUCUCUGACCGCUAUCUUGUUAACACUUCCAGGUCCUGGUCAUCGGAGGUGGAGUGGCUGGUUUGGCUGCAGCUGGAGCUGCGAAGUCUAUGGGAGCUAUCGUCAGAGGCUUCGAUACCAGGUGAGCUACAGUCAGACUUUAAUACCAGGUGAGUUGCAGUCAGAAGCUUUAAUACCAGGUGAGUUGCUGUCAGAAGCUUUAAUACCAGGUGAGUUGCAGUCAGAAGGUUUAAUACCAGGUCAGCUACAGUACCAGAUGAGCUGUAGUUAGUCUUCGAUACCAGGUACAGUAUUGAUGAUGGUGAUGUUCUACAAUGUUUUGUAUCCACUCUCAGACCAGCAGCUCUGGAACAGUUUAAGUCGUUCGGGGCGGAGCCUUUGGAGGUGCACAUUAAGGAGUCCGGGGACGGUCUUGGAGGUUACGCCAAGGAGAUGUCCCCAGAGUUCAUUGCAGCUGAGAUGGAGCUGUUUGCCAAGCAGUGUAAAGAUGUGGACAUCCUCAUCAGUACUGCUCUCAUCCCAGGUGAACAUUCAUUCAUUCAUUCAGUAUCUCAUUCAUUAAUUCAUACUCUGUCUGCUUGUUCUCUCUUUCUGUUUCUCUCCUACGUCUCUCCAUCCCUUCUAUCACCAUCAAUAUCAUUCCACUCUUUCUAUCCUAAUCAUUUCCCUUUCUAUAAUGAUCCGUGACCAUGCCCUCUCUGUCUGUAGGUAAGCGAGCUCCCAUCCUGAUCAAGACAGAGAUGGUGGAGUCUAUGAAGGAUGGCUCUGUGGUGGUGGAUCUGGCUGCUGAAGCUGGAGGAAACAUUGAGACCACCAAGCCUGGAGAGCUGCACGUACACAAGGUGAGGAGACCAGCUCAGUUCUGGAAGAAUAAUACUGUACCUAGUGUGUGUAUAGUUGGAGUUUGUGUGUGUAACUGAGAGCUGUGUGUGUUUCUCCUCAGGGUGUGACACACAUCGGCUUCACAGACCUGCCCAGCCGUAUGCCCACCCAGGCCAGCACCCUGUACUCCAACAAUGUGCUCAAACUGCUCAAGGCCAUCAGGUAGAGAGACGGGUGGACGGGUGGGUGGAUGGAUGGGUGGAUGGAUGGGUGGAUGGGUGGGUGGAUAGAUAGACAAUUUAUUAUGCUACUAGACAUGGACAGGGACAGUAGUUUUCCCUAGGACCAAUCACAUUAUCUGACCAGGAAAAACACCUGUCCUUUGUUAUAGCCUCACAUACCCUGAGUUGUUCCUGGUCAAGUCUAAAAGGAUUGGAGUUUGAUAAAGGUGGUACAGUAUAUAAAUGUGAUAUAUUAAUGUAUGAUUCUCAUUCUGAAUAUCACCAUCAGCCCAGACAAAGACUACUUCCAUUUUGAGCCCAAAGAAGAGUUUGACCACGGGACACUGGACCACGUCAUCAGAGGAACCAUGGUCAUGCAGGUAUGUAGUAUGUGUCUCUAUUGAAUACUGUAUGUAGUAUAUGUCUGUUAAUUUUGGUACUCAUUUUUUAUUUAUUUAGUCUAGUCUUAGUCAUUUGGACUAAAAUAUAAUUAAGUCACAUUUUUGUCAUUUGAAUAAUGAUUUAGUCUAGUUAUUGUCAAAAUGACGAAAACAGUGGGCCAUUUUAGUCAACUAAAUGCCCUUUCAAUUGAGUCACAUUUUAGUCACAUCACAUUUGUAUUGCCUCAUUAACCUAUAGUAAACAUACAUCACUGACUUCCAUGUGCACAAACAUACAUAACCUUGUCCUACCAACAGAUUGUUCUGCAUAACAUCCUAUCGCAUGAUUCUUUUCCCAACAGCCAGAUUGGCAGAAGAACACAUUACUCUGCAGCAGAUGAUAAAUCACACUCUUUGACAUACUGUAGCUGUAUUGGAAAAGUUCUGUCAUAAGUAGUAACUAACUAACUAGCAUUAUCAGUCUGUUAUUACCUGAGCGUAUAUAUUGUGAGGACUCUCUUUCAGAUGUCUCUUGAGGUUGGCAGGAAUUUUUGCCCAUCAACUUGUGGGUGCAAACGCUGUCUUCUCCCGUGGAAACGUUGGAUUCGGUUUUGUUUUAAUCGACACAAUAAGUAAAGUGUCUCCAAAGUAGGUGAAUCAGUCACACUGACACUGAAGAAAGCAGGGAGGUUUAAACGUGAUAUUUCACUCCAAAAUCAAAGUUUGUCAGAUCUUAUCUGUUGAAUGAGUAAAAGAUUCCACGUCCCAUCAUGCUCAGACUUUCUCUGCCUCCCAGAUGGCACCCUAUGGGCCCUGGUCAAAAGUAGUUCACUAUAUAGGGAAUAGGGUGCCAUUUGGGACGCUGGCUGUGAAUUCUGAGUGAAGCGUCACCAUGACCCAUAAGCCACCCUGCUAUGGUUUAUCAGAGCUGGAACCCAGCUGGCUGCACAUAGCACAGCUUACGUGAGAAACAGGAAUGCUUGUUAUGAAAUAUAUUUUUUUAAUGCACUUUUCCAGGAAUGUCUUGAUUUGACAGUUUUGACACUUUGACAGUGUUUAUGGCAGACUAGAGGCAGAGAAAGCACGAGGCGUAUCACCUUACCACGUAUUAAACAAAGAAUUAUUCAUGCUAUUUAAAUGUGGAUUUUUCUCGGUUGCUAUGUUCCAUCGUUAUAUCCCCGUGGUUGUUACUCCGGUUCCUUAGGUAGACAGAUAAAGACACCUCAACUGGCACAUGAUCGGUAGGUGUCUUAUUUUCAACCUUGCAUGCCAUAGAAACUCACUUUAAAAAAGAAAAUAUUCCAAUUAAAUCCAUGACAUGAUCCCUCCAUUUCUAACAAUAACCUCAAUUGCUCACGUGUUACUCAAUGUGUGUAUUCCUCUACUGUUGUGGAUUUGUCAUUUUGUGUAUUUCUCAUCUUGUGUGUUUUCUUAUAUAGUGUAUCUCUCACAUUGUGUUUGUCACAUCUCCAGGAGGGCAAGAACCUGUUCCCGUCCCCCCAACCUAAGACACAACCCCCAGCCGCUCCAGUCAAACAGAAGAGUGUAGCAGAGCUAGCGGCAGAGAAGGCAGCUGUGGUCUCACCCUUCCAGAAGACCUUGACCAACGCUGGUGUCUACACCGCAGGUCAGACACACACUCACAACGCACAUGCGCACACACACACACACACACACACACGCACGCCCUAACUCCCUCCCUCUAUGCUGACCUCUCCUGUCCCCAGGUCUCUCCACAUGUCUGGCUCUGGGCUUGGCAGCGCCCAACGCAGCCUUCACCCAGAUGGUCACCACCUUCGGCCUGGCCGGCAUUGUGGGAUACCACACGGUGUGGGGCGUUACCUCUGCCCUCCACUCACCACUCAUGUCCGUCACCAAUGCCAUCUCAGGUAAGAGGUCAGGGCUCAAACAGGUUCACUGAUGGGUCGUAUUCAUUCGUGCACACCUUAGCAAAAUGUAGCAAAACGCUUUGCAAUGGAAAAACAAGCAUUUUAUUGGACACGUUUUGGCAGUUCCUCCUCGAUUCGGUCAGUUUUCAGCUGUUUGGUGUCUAGUGAAUAUGACCCUGGUGUGUCAGUAGGUAAUGGUCAAAUGACACACUAUUCUCCAUAUGUGGUGUGUCUGUAGUAUUGAGCUGUAUAGUGUAAUAAAGCUCUGUGUUUUUCUCCCUCUAAGAAACCCCUGCAGAAACUGUUACAUUAUUCAAUUACUUUACUCCUUCAAGCACCUGGACUUUGAAUGAACAAGGUGUGUGAACAUGUGUUGUCUUCUCUCCCCAUGGCAGGUCUGACUGCUGUGGGUGGUCUGGUCCUAAUGGGGGGAGGUCUCCACCCCUCCUCCUUCCCCGAGAGCCUGGCUCUGGCUGCAGCCUUCGUCUCCUCCAUCAACAUCGCAGGUCCGGCACACACACGACACUCACUCAGUCACACACUGUCACUCACUCACUGUCUCUCUCUGUCCUCCCAGGUGGUUUCAUGAUCACCCAGAGGAUGCUGGACAUGUUUAAGCGUCCUACAGACCCUCCAGAGUACAACUACCUGUACGGUCUGCCAAUAGGAGUCUUCAUAGGAGGCUACGGGGCCUCUGUGGCUGCUGGCUUCCACAUCGAGCAGGUGACACUGAUGUGCUGUUGUUGUUGAAGUGCUGUUCUACAGAUGAUGUAACUACCUGGGGUUAGGAUGUGCUAUCUGUGUUGUUACAUUGUACUUUGUUGUGUAGGUGUAUUGCAUUGUGUAACACUGUGUAUUCCAGAUGAUGUACAUAGGGCCUGGUAUGUGCUUUGUGGCGGUGUUGUGUUAGAAUGUGUUAUAUUUUGUGUGUUCCAGAUGAUGUACCUGGGGUCUGGUAUGUGCUGUGUGGGAGCAUUGGCAGGGCUGUCUUCACAGGGCACCAGUCGUCUGGGUAAUGCCCUGGGCAUGAUGGGGGUAGCAGGGGGCAUCGCUGCCACCCUUGGCUCCCUGAAGCCCUCUCCUGAGCUGCUGGCACAGAUGAGUGCCGCCAUGGCCACCGGAGGAACCCUGGGUACGUAGACCUGCUACACCACACAGCCAUAUACAGAUACAUACCAUGUCAAAUCUAAUCAAAAUGUAUUGAAAGUGCGUUUAAACAUCUAAAAAUACCAUAUGAUCCAAAUGGAAACUAAAAAGCCCAUAGCCACCGGAAGAACACUGGGUAUGUAGGCCCUUCCUCCAAGACCAUAGGCUUAAUCUGUUUCCAGGAAACAGGCCCAUAUAAAGUCAACUUUUCCAGCUAGAUGCCAUGUUUCUACCUCUGAACUUUUCAUUCUGCCAUUGGUGAUGAGAAUUUUGGUCUGGAAAACACAGGCAGAAAAGUCUAGAAAUAUCUGAUCUCAAACACCAUUCCACAUUUGUUUAAAAGCGUAUAAAACCAUGAUUCAUGUUUUUACAUGUUAUCGACUUUGCAUCUUAUUUCUGAAGUCUUUGAAAAAUGAGUGUGAAUUAUUAAAACUAUGAUGGACCAUCCAUCAUGCUGUCUAGAUUUAGAGAAAUAACAUGUUCUGAUAUCUUCAAGGCAUCAGAGUGUACUUAGUAGUUGUGUGUGUGUGUGUGUGUGUGUACUUUAGGAGUGGUGUGUUAUGAUGAAUGAUGUUAUUAUUCUGUUAGGCCCUGGCAGCCGUCGGACAUGCAUACACACACAAACAGGGCGUGUAUGUUAACGCAGUCUGAGAUUAGUAAUAUUAUCCUUUAGAGAAAACUAGCUCUUAUUUUAUUAGGGUUUUUGACAACCAUGUUUAGAGCGUGCCUCCAGACUAUUCUGUUACUUUUGAUGUUAAUGUCCAAAAUGAAUACAAAAGUAAUUCAGUACAGAUGGUUGCCUUUCCACCAAAUACAGUAUGUUGUAGCACUAGGAGUUAGUCCAACUCUAUGUGAAGCACUGUGAGACUAGGAGAAAAUACUUCCAUAGAAAGGGUCUUAUACAUUUGGUCACCUUCAGAGAUUCAGGGCAGUUUUUUUUUUUGUUACUGAAUUCCAAAUCAACUGCUAGGACGUACAGCCUCAGUACUUACAGUUGAAGUCGGAAGUUUACAUACACUUAGGUUGGAGUCAUUCAAAUUCGUUUUUUCAACCACUCCACAAAUUUCUUGUUAACAAACUAGUUUUGGCAAGUCGGUUAGGACCUCUACUUUGUACAUGACACAAGCAAUUUUUCCAACAAUUGUUUAGAGACAGAUUAUUUCACUUAUAAUUCACUGUAUCACAAUUCCAGUGGGUCAGAAGUUUACAUACACUAAGUUGACUGUGCCUUUAAACAGCUUGGAAAAUUCCAGAAAAUUAUGUCAUGGCUUUAGAAGCUUCUGAUUGACUCAAAUUAUGUCAAUUAGCCUAUCGGAGGUGUACCUGUGGAUGUAUUUCAAGGCCUACCUUCAAACUCAGUGCCUCUUUGCUUGACAUCAUGGGAAAAUCAAAAGAAAUCAGCCAAGACCUCAGAAAAAUAAUUGUAGACCUCCACAAGUCUCGUUCAUCCUUGGGAGCAAUUUCCAAACGCCUGAAGGUACCACGUUCAUCUGUACAAACAAUAGUAUGCAAGUAUAAACACCAUGGGACCACGCAGCCGUCAUACCGCUCAGGAAGGAGAUGCGUUCUGUCUCCUAGAGAUGAACGUACUUUGGUGCGAAAAGUGCAAAUCAAUCCCAGAACCACAGCAAAGGACCUUAUGAAGAUGCUGGAGGACACAGGUACAAAAGUAUCUAUAUCCACAAUAAAACAAGUCCUAUAUCAACAUAACCUGAAAGGCCGCUCAGCAAGGAAGAAGCCACUGCUCCAAAACUGCCAUAAAAAAGCCAGACUACGGUUUGCAACUGCACAUGGGGACAAAUAUCGUACUUUUUGGAGAAAUUUCCUCUGGUCUGAUGAAACAAAAAUAGAACUGUUUGGCCAUAAUGAUAAUCGUUAUGUUUGGAGGAAAAAGGGGGAUGCUUGCAAGCCGAAGAACACCAUCCUACCGUGAAGCACGGGGGUGGCAGCAUCAUGCUGUGGGGGUGCUUUGCUGCAGGAGGGACUGGUGCACUUCACAAAAUAGAUGGCAUCAAGAGGAAGGAAAAUUAUGUGGAUAUAUUGAAGCAACAUCUCAAGACAUCAGUCAGGAAGUUAAAGCUUGGUCGCAAAUGGUUCUUCCAAAUGAACAAUGACCCCAAGCAUACUUCCAAAGUUGUGGCAAAAUGUCUGAAGGACAACAAAGUCAAGGUAUUGGAGUGGCCAUCACAAAGCCCUGACCUCGAUCCUAUAGAAAAUGUGUGGGUAGAACUGAAAAAGCGUGUGCGAGCAAGGAGGCCUACAAACCUGACUCAGUUACACCAGCUCUGUCAGGAGGAAUGGGCCAAAAUUCACCCAACUUAUUGUGGGAAGCUUGUUGAAGGCUACCCGAAACGUUUGACCCAAGUUAAACAAUUUAAAGGCAAUGCUACCAAAUACUAAUUGAGUGUAUGUAAACUUCUGACCCACUGGGAAUGUGAUGAAACAAAUAAAAGCUGAAAUAAAUAAUUAUCUCUACUAUUAUUCUGACAUUUCACAUUCUUAAAAUAAAGUGGUGAUCCUAACCGACCUAAGACAGGGAAUUUUUACUCAGAUUAAAUGUCAGAAAUUGUGAAUUUGGCUAAGGUGUAUGUAAACUUCAGACUUCAACUGUAUAUAGAACUGAAGGUCUCUGUGACGGCGUGUCUGUGUUUUCCCCUGUGCCCCACUGCGUGUUUCUGAAUCUGUGCUACUCUGCUUCCCCAGGUCUGACCAUUGCUAAGCGUAUUGAGAUCACCGACCUCCCCCAGCUGGUAGCUGCCUUCCACAGCCUGGUAGGUCUGGCUGCAGUGCUAACCUGUGUGGCAGAGUACAUGAUCGAGUAUCCCCACCUGGACGUGCACCCUGCAGCCAACAUGGUGAAGACUGUGGCCUACCUCGGCACAUACAUCGGAGGGGUCACCUUCAGCGGGUCACUGGUGGCAUAUGGCAAGCUGCAAGGUAAUGUAGACAGCCAUUAACACACGUGAAUGCAGACAGACAGACACACACACACUCUGAGCUCUCUGUCCUGUGGUACUGAUUGCCUCCUUUGAUCUAGCCAAAGCUCAAGAUCCCAUGGGAAAUCCAGGCCAGGAUGGUGUGUGUGUUUGUGUGUAUGGCUGAUUAUUGCGUGCCUGACAGAGUGGAAGGGCCGGGAGGCUUUGUAGGAAUUCUAUGUGGGAAAGGUAACAGUUGUUAAAGGAAAAAUCCACCCAAAACCCCUCAUUCCUAUAAUUUAAUGUGUUAAAUAACACUAUGUGAGAACAAUAUUUUUUUGUGGAACAAAUGUUUCAUUUUGUCAUUAUAAUAAGGUUGGUAGAAACGUGAAAAUCGUUGUGGAAAUAUGUUGCAGCUCAAGUAGACUACAAAAUCCACAAUGCAAUGCUCUAUAUGGGCUGGCUAGCUAGCUAGCGAACUUAGCUACACACAAUAAUACCAACUGCACUAUCAAUUUAGGAGUCACCCUGGACUGAAGAGCAAGACCAAUAGAAGAAACGUGCUAGACCCUCUGUUAAAUUAUACAUUUCUCGAGGUACGAUCACUGGUUCAUUCGAGAGAAGACAACCUCCCGAGUUAUGACAUCGGCCAGUAUUGAAAUCUGACAUGUAUGAUAGACGUUUUUGCGAUCUAAAAGUCGUAUUCCUAUUAACUUCCAGAGUAGUGAGAGCGGCGUUAUCACAAUUCUACGUCAUACCGGCUGAAUUUCUGCGUGCUUUGAAAGCCAAUAACUCAGAUACACAUGAAAACAUGAAAUGACCCAGGGAAUCGAUAGAACAUCACUCAGAGAUGCACAAAAACAAUAUAGCAUUCAAAAUGGGUGAAUAUUUUCCUUAAGUUGGGGGGGGCUGCUUCUCUAAGGAGGGAAGUCCUUCUGGCCCACAUAUGAGAAAUGGUUGUCUGUCUAUCUAUUGUGUUUAGAAACUGGCAGUUCUCUGUUCCCUGUGUGAUCACUGGUAAUGAGAGACAGACUGAAGGCAGGAGUCCCUGCCAGAUCUGUGGUCUGUUAUCAGUAUAAUACAACACUCCACCUGGCCUCCACCCCUCACUCUAAUCAAUGUGAUAUAUCAAUACAACCCCCCACCUGGCCUUCACCCCCUCACUCUAAUCAAUGACAUUUGUAUUUAUUUAUCAGGUGCGACAAAACUAGGGCCUGUAGGACCUGCCUUGUUGAUAGUGCUGUUAAGAAUGCAAAGCAGCGCUUUAUUAUAGACAGACUUCUCCCCAUCCUAGUUACUGUUGUAUCAAUAUGUUUUGACCAUGACGACAGUUUACAAUCCAGGGUUACUCCAAGCAAUUUAGUCUCCUCAACUUGCUCAAUUUCCACAUUAUUCAUUACAAGAUUUAGUUGAGGUUUAGGGUUUAGUAAAUGAUUUGUCCCAAAUACAGCCAUUCUGAAACUAACUGCAGCUCUUUUGUUAAGUGUUGCUGUCAUUUCAGUCGCUGUGGUAGCUGACGUGUAUAGCGUUGAGUCAUCUGCAUACAUAGACACACUGGCUUUACUCAAAGCCAGUGGCAUGUCGUUAGUAAAGAUUGAAAAAAGUAAGGGACCUAGACAGCUGCCCUGGGGAAUUCCUGAUUCUACCUGGAUUUUGUUGGAGAGGCUUCCAUUAAAGAACACCCUCUGUGUUCUGUUAGACGGGUAACUCUUUAUCCACAAUAUAGCAGGGGGAGUAAAGCCAAAACACAUACGUUUUUCCAUCAUUAGACUAUAAUCGAUUUAAUGUCAAAACAAAAACAAAACAGCCCCCACAAUCUUUUUAUCAUCAAUUUCUCUCAGCCAAACAUCAGUCAUUUGUCUAAGUGCUGUGCUUGUUGAAUGUCCUUCCCUAUAAGCGUGCUGAAAGUCUUGUCAAUUUGUUUACUGUGAAAUAGCAUUUUAUCUGGUCAAACACCAUUCUUUCCAAAAGUUUACUAAGGGUUGGUAACAGGCUGAUUGGUUGGCUAUUUGAGCCAGUUAAGGGGGCUUUACUAUUCUUAGGUAGGGGAAUAACGUUUGCUUACUUCCAGGCCUGAGGGCACACACUUUCUAGUAGGCUUAAAUUUAAGAUAUGGCAAAUCGGAGUGGCAAUAUAGUCUGCCAUUAUCCUCCAGUAAUUUUCCAUCCAAGUUGUCAGACCCCGGUGGCUUUUCAUUGUUGAUCGACAAUAAUACUUUUUCCACCUCUUCCACACUUACUUUACGGAAUUCAAAAUUACAAUGCUUAUCUUUCAUAAUUUGGUCAGAUAUACUUGGAUGUGUAGUGUCUGCGUUUGUUGCUGGCAUGUCAUGCCUAAGUUUGCUAAUCUUGCCAAUGAAAAAAUAAUUGAAGUAGUUGGUAAUAUCAGUGGGUUUUGUAAUGAAUGAGCCAUCUGAUCCAAUGAAUGAUGGAGCUGAGUUUGCCUUUUUGCCCAACAUUUCAUUUAAGGUACUCCAAAGCGUUUUUUAAAUCAUUCUUAAUGUCAUUUAUCUUUGUUUCAUAGUGUCGUUUCUUCUUUUUAUUCAGUUUAGUCACAUGAUUUCUCAAUUUGCAGUACGUUUGGCAAUCGGUUGUACAGCCAGACCUAUUUGCCAUCGCUUUUGCCUCAUCCCUCUCAACCAUACAAUUUUUCAAUUUCUCAUCAAUCCACAGGGAUUUAACAGUUUUUACAGUCAUUUUCUUAAUGGGUGCAUGCUUAUUAGUAACUGGGAUAAGCAAUUUCAUAAAUGUGUCAAGUGCAGCGUCUGGUUGCUCGUCAUUACACACCACAGACCAACAAAUAUUCUUCACAUCAACAACAUAGGAAUAACUACAGAACUUCUUGUAUGACCUCUUAUACACAAUAUUAGGCCCAGCCUGUCGAACUUUGGUUUUCCUAGAUAUGGCUACUAUAUUGUGAUCACUACAUCCGAUGGAUUAGGAUAAUGCUUUCAAACAAAUUUCUGCAGCAUUAGUAAAGAUAUGAUCAAUACAUGUUGAUGAUUUAAUUCCUGUACUGUUUGUAACUACCCUGGUAGGUUGACUGAUACCAGGUUGCAGGCACUAGUUACAGUUUGAAGCUUUCUCUUGAGUGGGCAGCCUGAUGAAAGACAGUCAAUAUUUAAAUCACCCAGAAAGUAUACCUCUCUAUUGAUAUCACAUAUAUUAUCAAGCAUUUCACACAUGUUAUCCAGAUACUGACUUUUAGCACUUGGUGGUCUAAAGCAGCUUCCUACCAGAAUGGGCUUUAGGUGAGGUAGGUGAAUCUGUAGCCAUAUUACUUCAACAGUAUUUAACAUGAGAUCCUCUCUAAGCUUUACAGGAAUGUGGUUCUGAAUAUAGACCGCAACACCGCCCCCAUUGGCAUUUCUGUAUUUUCUGUAAAUGUUAUAACCUUGUAUUGCUACCACUGUAUCAUCAAAUAUAUUAUCUAAGUGAGUUUCAGAGAUUGUCAGAAUAUGAAUGUCAUCUGUUACAAGCAAAUUAUUGAUUUCAUUAACCUUGUUUCUUAAGCUACAUAUGUUAACGUGGGCUAUUUUUAAAACUUUUCUGGGAUGCUUGAUUAUUUUUCUUGCUUUACUGGGAAGCUUAGCAGAGGUAGACAUACCCAGGAUUCCCUGCUCCAUUCCGCCUCUCUCUGUUCCCAAUUUCCAGUUCAGAAUGAUACAUUCCCAGUUCCAAGUUCAGAGUUUUGAAUUCCGAGUUCCGUGUGCAGUAUUGUGAAUAUUGUUCUGUAUUCCCUCCUGUCAGGCGUUCUGAACUCCGCCCCGCUGAUGUUGCCGGGGCGUCACAUGAUGAACGCCGGUUUGAUGACGGCAUCUGUCGGCGGUAUGAUUCCCUUCAUGCUCAGUACGGACUACGCUACUGGCAUGGGCUGUCUGGUUGGAGUGUCUGGACUUUCCACCAUCAUGGUGAGAACAUGGCUAAAGCUGCAAUGUUUUAUACAGACAUGGUGAAGAAACACCGGCAAUGACCAAUAGUGUUAUUCAGCUCUAAUCAGAAUAAGAAAAAUGACACUCAACAAUGUUGGUGGGACUGACCUUGAUAAAGGCUAAACAAUCUACAGCAGGGGUCGGCAACAGGCGGCCCGUGGGCCAAAACUGGCCCCCGAGUGUUGUUUAUUUAUUUCAUAGUUAAUUUUUUUGGGCCCCCCGGAUGUUUUUAGUAAAAAUUUCAACAUUUCAAAAAAUAACCAGGAAUUCUUCAAAAAAUAUGUUUAAUUGAGAAUCUCUUCCCAAGUAUUCCCACAAAUAAAAAAAGAGACGUGAUCGUGUCUCAAGUCAAUCAAGGUAUGAAAUUAUUGUUAUUUUCAAAUACAAUCUCUUUUUGGGCUUAGUUAAGAUCAAUUUGCAGUGUAAAAAUUAUUAUAAUUGUUUUCCGGCCCAUUCGCUCCAACAAAAAUGGGCCCACGUCUUAAUCUAGUUGCCUACACCUGAUCUACAGGAAAUAACACAGUAUCUUACAAAUUCUGUAAGGGAUUUAUCUAGUUACUACCCAGCAAACCAAAAUUGGCUCUGUAAAAGUUUCCAGAACAGUCAUUAGGUUGUAGCAAAUGCUCUCAUAACACAAAAACUGUCCAGUUGUGCUGAUGAUUAUACAAUGUUUGUAUAAAUAAUGUGCCUGAUGUUGCAAGAACAUUGCUCUCAUAUUUCGUUGUGGCAGUAUGUUCUAAAAACAGUACAGGUGCAUUGUUAUUUCCUUACCAGGAAACCUAAUGAGAACGUUUGGGGAAUGUUCUGUGGUGGUUAUUACAGAUGUUGUGCACAACAUGUUUGUGAAUGUUAGGAAUACAUUCCAAGAAUAUUUCAUUUAAAACAUAACAAAUAAAUACAAAAUAACUUUCUUUGAAUGAUUUUGGGAUGUUAUCAUCCUAAUGUUAGAUCAAAAACGAACUAGAACUUAAUGGGAAUCUUAGCUAAUGUUCUCGGAAUGUUCCCGGUUUGAUGGAGAGAGUUCCAAGAUUCUAGUAACUUUCCCAAAAAUCCAGGUUGGAAGAUUAUCCAGAAAUCCAGGUUGGAAGAUUACUGGAAUCAGUGGGGAAUAAGCAGGAAAUCCAGGGAUCCUCCAACUAGGAUUUAUGGAAAACCUUGGAAUUUUGCAACCCUAUUGGUGACUGUGAAGAGUGUCCUGACGGGGAUUGUGUUUUUGUAGGGCGUAACCCUGACAAUGGCCAUCGGGGGCGCUGACAUGCCCGUGGUCAUCACUGUGCUCAACUCCUACUCUGGUUGGGCGCUGUGUGCCGAGGGAUUCCUAUUGGACAACAACCUCAUGACCAUCGUAGGAGCUCUCAUUGGCUCCUCGGGUGCUAUCCUCUCCUACAUCAUGUGUGUGGUGAGUACUGCUAAACACACGCACUCACUCACACACACACACUCACUCUCUCAGCCCCUCUCUCUCACACACACACUCACUCUCUCAGCCCCUCUCUCUCACUCACACACUCACUCUCUCAGCCUCUCUCUCUCACUCACACACACUCACUCUCUCAGCCUCUCUCUCUCACUCACACACACUCACUCUCUCAGCCUCUCUCUCUCACUCACACACACUCACUCUCUCAGCCUCUCUCUCUCACUCACACACACUCACUCUCUCAGCCUCUCUCUCACUCACACACUCACUCUCAGCCUCUCUCUCACUCACACACACUCACUCUCUCAGCCUCUCUCUCUCACUCACACACACUCACUCUCUCAGCCUCUCUCUCUCACUCACACACACUCACUCUCUCAGCCUCUCUCUCUCACUCACACACACUCACUCUCUCAGCCUCUCUCUCACUCACACACUCACCUGCCAGUCAGGCAGCCUUGUCAUCUUAGUUUUGCUCUUGCAGUUUGAGAUUUUUUUUACAGGAAUGAUGUUUUUGGAAUUCGUCAAAAGAUUUGGCGCCUUCCCCAUAGAGAUACGAUAUUAUAUAAAUGUUGUAUUUAAUCCUGGGUACACAACGCUCUUUCUAGGCAAUGAACCGUUCCCUGCCCAACGUGAUCCUGGGAGGGUUUGGUACCAGCUCCACGGCAGGGGGGAAACCCAUGGAGAUCACGGGCACCCACACAGAGGUCAACGUGGACCAGUCCAUCGAACUCAUCAAAGAGGCCAACAGCAUCAUCAUCACACCAGGUACACACAGACACAAACACACACGCAGCACAAAUGCAAUCAUGCGUGCGCACAACAGGCAAGUUCUGGGAAGGGUUCAGAGGUAGUCUGAUGUAACACACCUGUGUAUCAGUGUUCAUCACUGUAGGAGGGUUGUGUGCUGAGUCAUGCAUCUCUAUAUGUCUCUGUCUGUGUUCUGCUCUCCUCCCCAGGCUGAACUCUACUACCAGAUAAGAAAAUGUAGUAUAUGUAGGAUCUAGCAUAGAGGGGUUGUAAUGAAACCUAGCAUAACAUCUGUAUUGGAGCCUGACAGACAGGUACAGGGAAUGUCCAGUAGAGGGUGUGGUUUGUCUAUGUCCCUGUGAAGCGGAGCUAGCUUGUCUGCCAGGCAGGCAGUCAGACAGACAGGCAGGCAGACAGGCAGGCAGGCAGACAGACAGGCAGUCAGACAGACAGGCAGGCAGUCAGCCAGACAGCCAGACCUCGGAGUUAACCGGUAGUAUAGAAGACUACAGUGGCCCAGGGGUCAGAGGGUUAAAGGUCAGGGGGAUUUGUUCCAAACGAAGUUGAUUAGUUGUUUAAUCAACAUACAGCACUGGCCUCUCACCGCUCACCUCUCAACUCUACCCAGUAUCAGAACACACACACACCUCUACCCAGUACGCUGAUAACCCUGGACAGAGUUACGCAGGCAGGCAUUAGACAGACCCAUGGGAGGGGGGGUGAAGAAGAGGUCAUGCGUGCUAGAGGAACCUGUGUAACUCACACACAUAACCCCCUGCCCAUAACACACACAUAACCCCCCGCCCAUAACACACACACACACAACCCCCCGCCCAUAACACACACACACAAACCCCCCAUAAACAACACACAUAACCCCCGCCCAUAAACACAAACAUAACACCACCAAAAAAACAACAAUAAACCCCACGCCAUAAAAACACACAAAAAACCCCCGCCCAUAACACACACACACAUAACCCCCCGCCCAUAACACACACACACAACAACAACCCCGCCCAUAAAACAACACAACAUAACCCCCGCCCAUAAACACAACACAACAUAACCCCCGCCCAUAACACACACACACACAUAACCCCCGCCCAUAACAACACACACACAUAACCCCCGCCCAUAACACACACACACACAUAACCCCCGCCCAUAACACACACACACACAUAACCCCCGCCCAUAACACACACACACACAUAACCCCCGCCCAUACAAACACACACAAACCCCCGCCCAUAACACACACACACACAAACCCCCGCCCCAUACAACACACACAACCCCCAUAACACACACAACCGCCAUACACACACACACAACCCAUAACCACCACCAUAACACACACACAUAACCCCCCGCCCCAUAGCACACACACACAUAACCCCCCACCCAUAACACAAACACACAUAACCCCACACCCAUAACACUUACAGGCAGGGGAAAGGGGUUUCCUCGCACGCACCCCCCCCCCCAGACGGUAGAAAUCCUAUGAUUUAAGACAGAAGGGAGAGAGGAGAGAUGGAAGAGAAUGGGUAAAGAGGGAAGAGAGGGGGGGAAAGAUGAGGGGAGAGUUGGAGGGAGAGAAGAGAGGGGGGGAAGAUGUUGGAGAGAAGAGAGGGGGGGAAAGAUGAGGGAGAGUUGGAGGGAGAGAAGAGAGGGGGGGAAAGAUGAGGGAGAGUUGGAGGGAGAGAAGAGAGGGGGGGGAAAGAUGAGGGAGAGUUGGAGGGGGAGAAGAGAGUAGAGGGGGGGGGGAGAUGAGGGGGAGAAGAGAGGGCGAAAUGGGGAAAGAGGAGGUGAAUAUUGGGAGAGAGGAGGGGUAAGAGGGGAUACUGCAGCCUUGGUCAGGAGAGGAGAUGAGAACAGAAGAGAACAAAUUGUUUCAAACAGACUUACUCACUUCUGUUUUUAGUCUUCCAUGAAUAACCUCUGCAUAAAGUUACCUUUAUCAUUUAUCUGGUCAUUAAGUUACCUCUAUCGCUUAUCUGGUCAUUAAGUUACCUUUAUCGCUUAUCUGGUCAUUAAGUUACCUCUAUCGCUUAUCUGGUCGACAUUAUAUUUCUCGACUAUGUCUUGGAAAAGGUCACAUCAACCUGAAACAUCAAACACAUUAAAUGUAGACUCAGCGUUAUGACGUUGCCACGAGCAGCACCGCAGAUAUUAAGAUGAGCAUGAUGCAAGACCUUGCUCUCACACAGUCACACAGAGUAUAUGCGUGACUGCUACAGCAUGGUAGCUACGGGACCAAAACAGUGGAGAGGUUUAGCCUCGUGCUUCAACACUCUUAGUUGUGGAAAUCGGCCCGAUAUUCUGUUUACUUCGUGCAUCGCUGAGUUUACCUUUAACAGUAAAACUUUAACUUAACGUACAGUGAUACUGUGAUGUGUAGGUUGGGGUCUGCUUAUAACACUAGUGUCUGUGUGUGUAGGUUGGGGUCUGUGUGCGGCUAAGGCACAGUACCCCAUCGCUGACAUGGUGAAGAUGCUGGUAGAGCAGGGCAAGACUGUCAGGUAGGUCCUCACAAUACAUCUCUCUGUCUCCUCAAUCAUCCCUCUUUCUCUCUCCUCAAUCAUCCCUCUCUCGGUCUCCUCAAUCAUCCCUCUUUCUCUCUCCUCAAUCAUCCCUCUUUCUCUCUCCUCAAUCAUCCCUCUUUCUCUCUCCUCAAUCAUCCCUCUCUCGGUCUCCUCAAUCAUCCCUCUUUCUCUCUCCUCAAUCAUCCCUCUCUCCUCAAUCAUCCCUCUCUCCUCAAUCAUCCCUCUCUCCUCAAUCAUCCCUCUUUCUCUCUCCUCAAUCAUCCCUCUCUGUCUCCUCAAUCAUCCCUCUUUCUCUCUCCUCAAUCAUCCCUCUUUCUGUCUCCUCAAUCAUCCCUCUCUCUGUCUCCUCAAUCAUCCCUCUCUGUCUCCUCAAUCAUCCCUCUCUCUGUCUCCUCAAUCAUCCCUCUCUUCUCAAUCAUCCCUCUUUCUCUCUCUCUCUCUCAUCCCUCUUUCACUGUCCUUUAUUUUAGUUGGUUACCAUCAGUCCUCCUGUCACAGAGUGAGAUAACGAUAUAUUUCUGUAUUAGUCUGAGUUCUAAAAUAACAUUAUUUCCAGUUAGUUUUACUUAUCCUACUGACCAUCUUGAGUUUCCUGGUCAGGAACACUGGCAGGUCACCUCUUAUGUUCAAGGAAGACUUUAGAGUGGAAAACAUCUUUAUUCUCCAAAUACAGAGCAAAGCUGUUAAGCCCUGACUGACUGAGGGAUUGCAUGUAGACAUUAUUAAUGCGUGUGCUUGUUUUUCUGCGUGUUUGUGUGCACGUGUGUCUCUAGGUUUGGUAUCCACCCUGUGGCAGGUCGUAUGCCAGGCCAGCUGAACGUGCUCCUGGCUGAGGCUGGAGUUCCAUAUGACGUGGUUCUGGAGAUGGAUGAGAUCAAUGAGGACUUCAAAGGUCAGAACACACACACACUGAUCAAUAUACUUAACAAAAAUAUAAACGCAACAUGUAAAGUGUUGGUCCCAUUAUUCAUGAGCUGAAACAAAAGAUCCCAGAAAUUUUCCAUACGCACAAAAGGCUUAUGUCUCAAAUUCAUAAAUUUGUUUACAUCCCUGUUAGUGAGCAUUUAUCCUUUGCCAGGAUAAUCUGUCCACCUGACAGUUGUGGCAUUUCAAGAAGCUGAUUAAACAGCAUGAUCAUUACACAGGUGCACCUUCUGCUGGGGACAGUAAAAGGCUACUCUAAAAUGUGUCACACAACACAAUGCCACAGAUGUGUCAACUUUUGAGGGCGUGUGCAAUUGGCAUGCUGACUGCUGGAAUGUCCAACAGAGCUGUUGCCAGAAAAUGUAAUGUUUAUUUCUCUACCAUAAGCCGCCUCCAACGUAGUUUUAGAGAAUUUGGCAGACCACGUGUAACCACGCCAGCCCAGGACCUCCACAUCCGGCUUCUUCAGCUGCAGGAUCGUCUGAGGGGGGGGUGCUGAGGAGUAUUUCUGUCUGUAAUAAAGCCCUUUUGUGGGGAAAAACGAAUUCUAUUUGGCUGGGCUUGGCUCCCCAGUGGGUGGACCUGGCUCCCAAGUGGCUGCGCCAAUGCCCAUUCAUGUGAAGUCCAUAGAUUAGGGCCUAAUUUAUUUAUUUAAAUUGAUUGAUUUCCUUCUAUGAACUGUAACUCAGUAAAAUCGUUGAAUUUGUUGCAUGUUGCGUUUUUAUAUUUUUGUUUAAUCGAUUUGAUCAUAACAACCAGCAGGCAUCCCUCAGACACUUGGUUGUGUUUGUAGCGCUGCCUGGCUGGGUCCAUCCAUAGUUCCGCCAGGGUCUCUACUGGUUUUACUGAAUGUCUGGUGUGUGUUUCCCACAGAGACGGACCUGACACUGGUGGUGGGUGCUAAUGACACAGUGAACUCAGCAGCCCAGGAGGACCCCAACUCCAUCAUCGCUGGCAUGCCAGUCCUGGAGGUCUGGAAGUCCAAACAGGUAGGGAAGGAAGAAGAUAGUGUAAGAGUAUUAGUACAGGGCCCUCUCACUGGUUUACGGAAGGAAGGAUGCAUAAUAUGGCCUUGUUGUUCUCCAGUGUUGAGGACUAAGCACUCCUACGCUUUGGGUGACAAGGGCUCUCACAGGUAGAGCAUAAAAAGAGCUUGUGAAGUGCACUGUCAUACUUCUGUUCCUCUGUAGGGGAUUGUGAUGAAGGGGCUCUGGGACUAGUUACAAAUAUAUAUAAUUCUGACACUUUAUUUCCACCAGCCAUACUCAACAGGUGGACUGUGGUUCAAAUCCGGACCCAGAAUAGGGUCAAUACAGAAUGCGGGUCCCAAACAUUUUUUUAUUUUUUUUAUUCGGGCCUUGACCCCUGGUAUCAUAUGAACACGGCAAAAUGUGUAGAAUUGCAGGAAAUUAGCUGCACAUUUUUCUCUCCGCCAACAAGAGGGGUGUGAACCGUUUGGGGUUGUGAGGUGGGGGUUUGUUACUACGCCGAUAAAUGACAAUAUAUGGACCUUUUCCGCGUAGGAAAUUUGUGUGACCGGACCUUCUCAAAUAGUACUUCCGUACCCGAUUUAGACAGUUGGAAACAGAGGGGGAGACAGGCAAGUGGGAGGAAGGGUGGACAUGGGGAUCAAACCCCGGUCUCCGGUGGGAAGAGGAAUAUAAAACGUGAUGUUAGCCAUUGUCUAACCUGUUCCCCUCCCUGUACUGUAGGUGAUUGUGAUGAAGAGGACCAUGGGUGUGGGCUAUGCUGCUGUAGACAACCCCAUCUUCUACAAGCCCAACACAUCCAUGCUGCUGGGAGACGCCAAGAAGACCUGCGACACACUACAGGCCAAGAUCAGAGAGGCCUACUACUAG